AUGGCAAUACUUUCCCUGCCACUGGUAACAUCCAUUUUCAAAACGACGCCCGACAAAGCUCGCCUAUGCCUCAGUGGCCGGAGGGUUAAUUUGUCCCUCGUUUUCCGGAGAAGGCAUUUCUCCACCACCUCCGGGAGCAUAACUUCCUCUGCUUCGACGGCCGUGGAGCAGGACUGCGUGAGAUCGUCUUCAUCCUCGGUCCUCACUUUCCAACAAGCCAUUCAAAGACUCCAGGAAUAUUGGGCUUCGGUAGGGUGUGCUGUGAUGCAAUGCAGCAACACUGAGGUUGGAGCUGGAACAAUGAACCCUCUUACAUUUCUAAGGGUUCUUGGUCCAGAACCAUGGAAUGUUGCCUAUGUUGAACCUAGUAUUCGACCUGAUGAUAGUCGUUAUGGGGAAAAUCCAAACAGACUUCAAAGGCACACACAAUUUCAGGUGAUAUUGAAGCCUGACCCUGGAAAUUCACAGGACUUGUUCAUUCGGAGUUUAUCAGCCUUAGGGAUUAAUGUAAAUGAGCACGAUAUUCGUUUUGUCGAGGACAAUUGGGAAAGCCCGGUCUUAGGUGCCUGGGGCUUGGGCUGGGAAAUUUGGAUGGAUGGGAUGGAGAUUACUCAAUUCACCUACUUCCAGCAGGCUGGAAGUCUUCAGUUGAUGCCUAUUUCAGUUGAGAUUACUUACGGUCUUGAACGGAUUCUUAUGUUGCUUCAGGGAGUUGAUCACUUCAAGAAAAUUCAAUAUGCUGAUGGGAUAACAUAUGGAGAACUCUUUCUGGAAAACGAGAAGGAAAUGAGUGCAUAUUAUUUGGAGCAUGCCAGCGUUGAUCACAUUCAUAAUCAUUUUGAUCUGUUUGAGGCUGAAGCUCGUCGUCUGCUUGACUCGGGCCUUGCAAUUCCUGCGUAUGAUCAGCUUUUGAAGACAUCUCAUGCCUUCAACGUCUUGGACUCCAGAGGAUUUGUAGGGGUAACUGAACGUGCCCGCUAUUUCGGCCGUAUGCGUAGUUUAGCCCGUCAAUGUGCGCAGCUAUGGUUGAAGACAAGAGAAUCUCUUGGGCACCCCUUGGGCGUUGCUUCUCAUUCCAAUCACCUUAGCUUUCAGAAAGAAGACAUGGAAGAACUGAAGAAAAAGGUUUCUGCAGAACCUCGGGCUUUUAUUCUGGAAAUUGGCAUGGAGGAGUUACCCUCAAAUGAUGUGGUUAACGCUUGCAGUCAACUCAAAGAUUUCAUCAAGCAGUUGCUGGAGAAACUAAGACUGGGUCAUGCAAAUGUGCAAGUGUAUGGAACACCGCGUAGGCUUGUGGUUAGUGUCGGCAAUCUAUGUUAUAAGCAGGUGGCAAAUCAAGUUGAGGUUCGAGGACCUCCAGCAUCAAAGGCAUUUGAUCAGCUGGGAAAUCCUACUAAGGCAUCUGAAGGCUUUUGUCGUAGAAAUGGCGUGCCUUUGAGUUCCUUGUACAGAAAAAUUGAAGGUAGAACAGAAUACGUGUAUGUUAGUGUGGUGGAGCCAUCACGACUUGCUUUAGAGGUUUUAUCUGAUGAGUUACCUGCAGUACUUGGUAAAAUAUCAUUCCCGAAGUCGAUGCGGUGGAACUCUGAGGUGAUGUUCAGCAGACCUGUUCGAUGGAUAUUGGCGUUGCAUGGAGAUGUUGUUGUACCCUUUACAUUUGCUGGUGUUAUGAGUGGUAAUGUUACUCACGGGCUAAGGAACACUUCGUCAGCCACUAUUGAGGUUAGAAAUGCAGAGUCUUACACUGAUGUGAUGCAGAAUGCUGGAAUCGCCAUCGAUAUUGAGGAAAGGAAGAAAAAAAUCUUGGAGAAGUCUAUUUCUGUUGUAAAAGGUAUUAAUGGUUCUGCUGUAAUUCAGAGUGGUUUACUUGAUGAGGUUGUAAAUCUUGUUGAAGCACCUCAUCCUGUUCUUGGAAAGUUCAGUGAGACCUUCCUCGAGCUUCCAAAAGACCUGCUAAUAAUGGUCAUGCAAAAGCAUCAGAAGUAUUUUGCAGUAACUGAUCAGGAUGGAAUGUUAUUGCCACAUUUUAUUGCUGUUGCAAAUGGAGCAAUUAGUGAGAAGGUUGUGAGGAAAGGAAAUGAAGCUGUACUCAGAGCUCGAUAUGAAGAUGCAAAGUUCUUCUAUGAGUUGGACACAAGCAAGCGAUUCUCUGAAUUUCGAAAUCAAUUGAAGGGGAUCCUAUUCCAUGAAAAGCUGGGAACAAUGCUGGACAAGAUGACACGUGUCCAGAGUUUGGUUACAAAAGUAGGAUCGAAACUGGGAAUGACUGAAGACAUCCUCAAGGUCAUUGAGGAAGCUGCAUCAUUAGCCAUGUCAGAUCUUUCAUCUGCAGUUGUUACCGAAUUUACUUCCCUUGCUGGGGUAAUGGGCCGUCACUAUGCCCUAAGAGAUGGCUACUCUGAGCUGGUUUCUGAGGCAGUAUUUGAGAUCACACUUCCUCGAUUUUCGGGAGACAUGCUUCCAAAAACUGAUGCUGGAACAGUAUUGGCAAUAUCUGACAGGUUGGAAAGCCUUGUCGGGUUGUUUUCUGCUGGUUGUCAGCCAAGCUCCGCAAAUGAUCCGUUCGGCCUGCGAAGAAUCUCAUACGGUCUGGUGCAAUUGUUAGUAGACACCAAUAGGAAUUUGGAGCUGAGGUAUGCUUUGGAGCUUGCUGCUGCUGUUCAGCCCAUAAAAGUAGAAUCAGAAACAAUAGAUGAUGCACAUCAAUUUGUAACAAGAAGACUUGAGCAGCUUUUGAUGGACAAAGGAGUAAGUCCAGAAGUUGUUCGCGCUGUUCUUGCAGAGCGUGCAAAUUGGCCUUGUCUUGCUGCCAAGUCUGCACAUAAAAUGCACACCUUAUCCAAAGGUGAUAUGCUGCCUAAAAUUAUCGAGGCAUACUCUCGUCCAACAAGGAUUGUUCGUGGCAAGGAUGUUACUGAUGGUUUGAAGGUGGAUGAGACAGCUUUUGAAACAGUUGAAGAGAGAGCUUUAUGGAGCACAUUUACAUCGUUGAGGAGUAAAAUUCAUCCUGACAUGGAGGUCGAUGAUUUUGUUGAAGCAUCUUUUGAUUUAGUACAGCCACUGGAGGAUUUCUUCAACAAUGUUUUUGUUAUGGUGGAAGAUGAAAGGAUCAGAAAAAACAGGCUUGGACUACUACGAAAAAUAUCCGAUCUUCCAAAGGGAAUAGUGGACCUCUCAAUUUUGCCGGGCUUCUAA